CCCUUCCUUACGAAAACACCGUCAAAUGAGUUGAUGCUGUCAGCCUAGUUUCGUCGACAUUUCGUCUCUACCUCCUAUCUUUCACUACCGCUUCACUCUUUUAGCGGGCAUUCGCUUUCCCAAGCCGACAUCACCGUCGAAUAAUACUCCAGAAAAUCUUCGUCAGAAAAAAAGGCAAUCUAAUUCACCAUGAAGGGAUCCAUCCUCGCCGUCGCCGCCGCCGUUGGCGGUGUCAGUGCCGCCGCUCACCGUCACUCUCACGGUGAGCUGUUCAAGAGAGGCGCCGACCAGGCCUCGGUUUGCGUCCCCGGUUGCACCACCAUCUACACCACCAUCUACGGCGAGCCUACGCUGGUUCCUAACCCCCCCAGCAAGCCCAGCAGCAAGUCCGUCGCCAGCGCCCUCCCCUCGGUGCCCGCGACCACCGAGGUCCCGGCGAAGCCCACGUCCACCCAGAAGCCCUCCGUGGACCUGCCGACUCCCGUCCCUGAGCUCUGCCCGACUCCCGGCACCUACACCUUCCCGGCCACCACCAUCACCGUGAGCCAGACCACCACCGUCUGCGCCCCGGAGACCACCAAGGUCCCUGCCGGCACCCACACCAUCGGAGGUGUCACCACCGUCGUCGAGAGUGCCACCACUGUCGUGUGCCCCUACGCCACCGAGAAGACCAAGGACGGUGUCGUGACCAGCGUUGUCGAGACCACGACCUACGUCUGCCCCACGCCCGGCACCUACACCAUUGCUCCCACCACCACCACCGUCACCGCCCCGACCACCUGCGUCUACCCCGUCGUGACCGAGGUUGUCCCCGGCACCUACACCCGCCCCGCCGUCGUCACUACCAUCACCGAGACCAGCGUCGUCGUUGUCUGCCCCUUCACCAGCGAGGAGCCCAAGCCCACCACCACUGCUGCUCCCCCCAAGCCGACCACCGAGGCCGUCAAGCCGACCACCGAGGCCCCCGCCCCUCCUCCUGUCCCCACGACCCCCGCCGUCGUGACCCCCGAGCCUGUCCCCACCACCCCGGCGAAGUCCUCUUCGGCUCCCGCCCCGUCCUCUUCGGCUCCCGCCACUGGCGGUGGCCUCGGUGGCAACAACGGCGACCACUGGGCCAUCACCUACACCCCCUUCUCUGAGGAUGCCUCGGGAUCCUGCAAGACCGCCGACCAGGUCGACGCCGACAUUGCUACUAUCAAGAAGUCGGGCUUCCGCACCGUCCGUGUCUACUCUACCGACUGCAGCACCCUCGAGAACGUCGGCGCCGCCUGCGAGAAGUAUGGCCUCCAGAUGAUCAUCGGCAUCUUCGUCAAGGAGUCGUGCGACCCCAACUCGGCCGACAUCAAGAACCAGCUCGACGCCAUCGUCAACUGGAAGAAGUGGGGCAUGGUCGAGCUCGUCGUUAUCGGUAACGAGUGCAUCUUCCAGGGCCGCUGCUCUGCCUCCUCCCUGAAGCAGCUCAUUGUCUCAGCCAAGGCCACCAUCUCCGGCGCCGGCUACUCCGGUCCCUUCACCACCGCCGAGACCGUCGGUGUCUGGCAGCAGACAGAUGUCAUCUCCGAGAUUUGCGACGCUAUCGACAUCGUCGGAGGUCAGAUUCACCCUUACUUCAACGCCGAGACCCCCGCCUCCGCCGCCGGAACCUUCGUCAAGAGCCAGAUCGAGCUCCUCGAGAGCUCCAACAUCUGCGGCAACAAGCCCGCCCUUAACCUGGAGUGCGGCUGGCCCUCGGGCGGUAACUGCAACGGCAAGGCUUGCCCUGGUACCUCCGAGCAGGCCAUUGCCAUUGCCUCCAUCAAGGAGCUUGCCGGCGGCAAGACCGUUUUCUUCUCAUUCCACAACGACGAGUGGAAGGAGCCCGGUGCCUGCGGCUGCGAGCGCACCUGGGGCUGCGGUGAGCUCUUCACCUCUUAAGCGGAGAUGAACGGAAUGGAAUCACGAUCGAAACUCCACCAUCACCACCACCAACCUGUGGCGGUGAACGAAUGAGACCUUUCGGUUCACGUUCGCUAUGACAAUACCCCAAACCGACUCGUUGAAUUCGAAAUCACGCAAUCAGAAACAAACGGUGUAGACAUGACCAAAGGCGCGCCCUCGACGAAACGACCUUUACGUUUCCUUCAAAGUGUAAACAAUGACAAAUCUCAUUUUUCUUCUUGGAUGGACCCAACCUAUACCUGGCAUUCGUAUAUCUAGCCUAAUUCUAUGUACAUAUGUAACUGUUGGUUGGUGGUUGGCGUUUGUCGAAAGCCUCUCAUCCCAUCCCCCCAGGAAGGAUUUUCUUGGUUGUACAAACACUUUGAAUCUCGGAAACGCCGUUAGGGCGGGCUGUAGCAGCAGCAUCAUCUUCCCUGUGUUAAGAAACUUGCCGAACAUUUCUCCUCAUGUGUCCAUCUGGCCAAAAAAAGAAGAAAAAAACCC